CCUGCCAAACAUACCGUAGUUGCAAUGUUUUGAUUUGUCUGGGGCACGUUUUCGCGAGGUACCGAGCGCAAAAAACACAGAAAAUGUCCCGUAUAAUAGUUAAAAACAUACCAAACGGGUACGAUGAGGCGAAAGUUCGAAGCCACUUCAGCACGUGCGGUAUCAUCACGGAUGUGCAGCUGAAGUACACGUCCGAGGGAAAGUUCCGCAACUUUGGAUUCAUCGGCUUCGAAUCCGAGGAACAGGCGGCCAAGGCAAUCACACACUUUAACAAUAGCUACAUUCGCACGUCCAAAAUAACGGUCGCUGCGUGUGUGGCGCUAUCGGAGUCGAAAAACCUCAAAGUCUGGAGCAAACAUGCACAAAAGCCGGCUACCACCGAAACGGUGGAACCGGCGAAGGAUGAAAGCAAAGCGAAAGGCAAAGAAAAGCCGAAAGCCCAAACGGCAAAGGACGUGCUCGGCCAGUACGAGAAGGAUCCAAAGUUUCAGGAGUUUCUGAGCGCACACAAACGGGCCGGCAAGUCGGUGUGGGACAACCUGCUGGAACAGUCAACCGAAGCGGAGGAAAAGCCGGUGAGUGGCGAUACGGCCGUUGACGUUGAACCACCCGCAGAGGCAAAUGCAAAGGACGUGGAGGAAAAGAAAGCGGCAAAAAAGCCAAUGGUUUCACUGUUCGUUGCCAAGGUGCACAACAUACCGUCGUCGACGAAGCGGCAAGAUUUGAUACGCUUCUUCAAAACGGUCAAACCGUACUCGGUUCGUAUUCCACCGAAGCAGAGCGGAUUCGCUUACGUGGGCUUUAAAACCGAAUCCGAGCUGAGCAAGGCGCUGCUAAUGAACAAAAGCUUCCUGGGCGGCAAGCAGGUGAAAAUAUUCGAUUUUACCGCGCGCAGUGCUGCCCAUGCUGCGCAGGAAAAACCCGAAGCGAAGCAAGGCAAGCAGGCGAAAUGGGAACGGCAGAAGGCGAACGCGUCCAGUGAAGCGAUCUGCGAGUCCGGUAAGCUGUUCUUCCGCAAUUUGGCCUACUCGGUGCAGGAAAGUGACAUUCGCACGUUGUUCGAGCAGUACGGUCCGGUGGCGGAAGUGGACGUACCGAUCGAUUCCAACACACGCAAGCUGAAGGGUUUCGGUACGGUAACGUUCAUGAUUCCGGAGCACGCUGUCACCGCGUACAACGAGCUGAACGGAACCUUUCUGCAGGGCCGUAUGUUCCAUAUCCUACCGGCGAAGGUACCAUCCGACGAAGCGGUCGAUGACGACACUACCGACUACAGAAAGAAGAAGGAGCAAACGCAGAAGAAAACGGCCCAAUCAAGCCACAACUGGAACACCCUGUUCAUGGGCGAAAACGCCGUCGCGGAAGCGGUUGCGAAAAAGUAUGGCACCACGAAGGAACAGAUUCUCAUCUCGUCCGAGGGUGACACGAGUGCGGCCGUUCGGUUGGCACUUGGCGAGACAGAACUGGUGCUAGAGAUGGAAUCGUUUUUAAAGGAGAACGGCAUUUCGCUGGACGCUUUCAGCUCGACCGACACAAAACGAUCGAGCACGGUGAUAUUGGCGAAAAAUCUUGCCCCCGGUUGUACUGCAGCCGCGCUGCGCAAGCUGUUUGCUCCGUUCGGGUUACUGGGACGUGUCGUGCUUCCACCCAGUGCCGUAACAGCCGUGAUUGAAUUCCUCGAUCCUAGCGAAGCGCGUAAAGCGUUCAAAAAGUUAGCCUACAGCAUGUUCGAAUCGCUGCCAUUGUACCUGGAAUGGGCUCCAGUCGGAACGUUCACGUCGGGCCCAUCGGGUCCACCCAGUACUGAAGAGCCAAGCAAAUCGAGCACAGCGCCCGAAAAUGCAAACAACGCCACCGAAGAAGCAACGGUCGACGAUACAGAGCCGGAGGAGGGUACGACACUGUUCAUUAAGAACCUUAGCUUCACCACCAACGAAGACGCAAUCCGGGAGCGAUUCCGGUGUGUCGGUGCGAUCCACAUGGUGCAGGUCGUACGCAGCAUGGAUCUGUCUGGCAAUGGGCGCAACGAAAGCCGUGGGUACGGUUUCAUUCAAUUCAAGCGUCGGCAGGUGGCAGAUUACGCGCUAAAGAACCUACAGUCGGUGCAAAUCGACGGGCGAACGGUGGAGCUUGCGCGCAGCGAUCGUACCCUUCGGACGGCACAGGAAGGAGCGGAGCGUAGAAAAGGAGCGAAAGGAGCGCAGAAGCAAACUGGCUGCAAGAUCCUUGUGCGAAACAUUCCCUUCCAGGCUAGUGCCAAGGAGGUGCGAGAUCUUUUCAAACCCUUCGGGGAUAUUAAAUCACUCCGGCUGCCGAAGAAAAUGGCCGCCAGUGCUGAUGACACACAUCGUGGCUUUUGCUUCGUGGAGUACGACGAAGAAUCGGACGCGAAGCGCGCGUUCGAUACACUGGGCCGCAGUACGCAUCUGUACGGUCGCCGGCUCGUGCUGGAAUGGGCCGCCGCUGACAACGACGUGGAGGAACUGCGAAAACGGACGGCAGAACAGUUCAACAGCCGGGACGGUGGGUCCGGUGGCAAGCGAGCGGCCACUGGUAAGGGUACACUGGCAACGGAGGAGUUUAUCAGCGCGUCGCAGAGGAAAUCCGGUAAGAAUGGUGAUGACGAUGACGACGACGGCGACGACGGUUAUUAUGGGGAAGGCGCAGUAUUGUGAGCCAAUGAGCGAACCGAUUAACCAGAAGAUUGUGCUUUUUAAUCGGGCAAUACCGUUUGCAAUCGAUGGUUGGAACAGUGCUGUGUACAUUUAAGAAAGUUGUUCUUGUUGUGAACCACAAAAAUAAAUAAAUUAAAAUAAUGUUCUGUUUAAGGUCCACUUACAGAUCGAGAGA